AACGUGUAUUUAUUAUGUAACGUGAAUUAAUAAAAUUAACAUAACCCAUAAAAUACCGAUACGUCAUGUGCAUGUUAUCUUGCGUCAUUCGUUUUAUAACGGUGUUAUAACCUCGCGUAGAAAAUAAGUAACAUGUUCUGCAUAUGUGUUACGUUCCAUGUUACAAAGAUUUAUAUAACGGAUAAAUUGUUACGAAAUUCUGCUUGGUUUUGAUGAACCCGUCUUGAGAAGUUCUAUAAAAUUAACAUAACCCAUAAGAUACCGAUACGUCAUGUGCAUGUUAUCUUGCGUCAUUCGUUUUAUAACGGUGUUAUAUCCGCACGUAAAAAAUAGUAACAUGUUCUGCAUAUGUGUUACGUUACAAAGACUUAUAUAACGGAUAAAUUGUUACGGAAUCCUGUUUGGUUUCGAUGAACCCGCCUUGAGAAGCGAAGAAGGACCCGCGCCGCGGCGUCUCGCUCGUCGGCAUCGCAUUUCCCAAGAAGAGGAGCCGGAAUGUCUGGCCAAGUCGGUUCUCAUUUCUUGCGCCUGCAUCGGGCUGCAUCGAGUGCACGUCACGGAGAAUGGCGGAAAUAUAUGUAAACGAGCUUUGAGGCUGAUAUGCAGCGAGUGGCGAGUCCUCUCGUCGCCGUUACGAGUUAAAUCCGGCCAGUCGAGCGGCCGUCGCGCGUGCCACCAGGCGCCGCCAUCUUGGAACAUUUAGAGUUACCAAUUCGCGAUGCAGCGGCCGACUUAGGGUGCCUUUAAUCGCCGGACGCCGAUCUCCCGAGGUCAGAGCUUCCCGAAACAACUUUGGGCCGUUAUCACCGAGACCGCGGCGUUAUCGCGAAGCCAGUUUCCCCUCGGCAGUGAAUCGGUCAAUGUCGACUGCACUUGAUGGCAAACGGACGUCCGUUUGAUUGCGAUCGAUCUCUCUAACGAUCCCGUUUUCUUUCCAGACACGAAUUCAAAGAUGGCGCCACUACCGGCCACGAUGCAGCGCCUCGUGAAAUCGUAUCGAGCAUCGGUUACCUGCCUGGCGACGGGACGCGGCCGCGAGUUCGGUGCACCUUCAAUUCAACAGCUCGUUAAGAAUAGCUAUUCCACGAGCGAGAUGUCAAAGCUCAGCCUGACAAGAGACACCGGUCGCUUUUCGACGGCCCAGCGUAUCUUCUACGAGGACAACGGAUAUCUUCUGUUGCCCCGACUGGUGCCCCUAGAUCUCCUCGAAAAAUGCAGCCAAAGAUUCGACGAUAUCGCGAGCGGCAAGGUGGACCACGGGAACAUGACAGUCAUGAGAGACGUGAAGGACCGAUCCGUGGUGGUCAAGGUCCAGGAUCUGAACUUCGACGGCGUCUUCAAGGAGUAUAUUAAGUUCGACCAGCUGCUCGACGCCGUGGAGCCGUUCACGGGGCCGAAUGUAAUGGCGAUGCACAGCAUGUACAUCGCGAAGCCUCCUGACUCGGGCUCUGGAUCCUCCUGGCACCCACCUCAUCAGGAUCUUUACUACUUCCCGUUCCGGCCCGCGGAUCGAAUCGUGGCGGCCUGGACGGCCAUCGAACCUGCCACGAAAGAAAACGGUUGUCUCCAAGUGUCCCCAGGGUCUCAUCGCGCCUUUCCAUUGCUCCCUCACGAGUAUCCUCCGAAUACGGUCAACAAGUUCUACCACGGAAUUCAGAAACUACCCAACUCUAUAUUGUGGCUGGACCUCGAGAUGCAACCCGGCGACACGAUUCUCUUCCACCCUCUGUUGAUCCACUCGUCAGGAAUAAAUCGGACCACCAGAACAAGAAGGUCGAUUUCCUGCCAUUACGCCGCUGCCGAGUGUUCCUACAUUGAGGUCAAAGGAACCGUGCAAGAAGUGGUGUCUGACGAAAUACUCAGCGUGCUGCGUCGCCGAUUUCCUGGAGCCGAAAUUAAAUACGACGACGUGUGGCGAAUGAAGUCCACCAUUGUUCGAGGAAUACGUUCCUCGCUUUAACCCUUUGGCUACUAAACGGACCUAAAGACCUCCGGCGGCAUAUGGUCCAAUAUUGCCUGCACGCCUUAAUGAAUUUCGGCCAUAUGUCGAAAGGGUUCCAUAGGAUGAAAGGAUCAUUC